GGCUCGGGCUUCACCAAGGCCGGCUUCGCGGGUGAGGACCAGCCGCGCGUAGUGCUCAAGAGCUCCAGCCUAGUGCCCAGCUGGGACCGGCCCGUGCUUCCCGGCGCCCCGGGCUGCGAGCUGGUGGGCGGCGUGUCGCGCGCACAUCCGGUGAAGCAUGGAGUGGUGGUGGACUGGGAGGCGCUGGAGGGGCUGUGGGAGCGCCUGCUGGUGGGUGGCCUGCAGGUGUGCCCGGAGCAGUGGCCUGUGCUGGUGAGUGACUCCCCUUCGGCGCCGCCCGAGGGCCGCGAGAAGGUGGCGGAGCUGCUGUUUGAGGCCCUGGAUGUGCCCGCGUGCCACGUGGCCAGCACCGCGCAGCUGGCGCUCUGUUCCGCCGGGGCGCUCAGCGGACUGGCGGUGGAGGCGGGCGCGGGCGUGUGUCACGCCACACCGAUCUACGCCGGGCACUCGUGGCUCAAGGCCAGCUUCCGGUUGGACGUGGCAGGCAGCACCCUGUCGCGCUACCUGCGAGAGCUGCUGGUGGCUGCGUGUCCCGACCUCCGACUGCAGGGCCUGCCGCGCAAGACCGUCACACAGCUCAAGAAGCGCUGUUGCUAUGUGUCGCUGGACUUCUACGGCGAUCUUCGUGACCCCGCCUGCCACCAUCCAGCCAGUUUCCAGAUGGGCAAUGGCAGUUCCGUGUCCCUCAGCAGUGAGCGCUUCCGCUGCCCAGAACCCAUCUUCCAGCCGGGUCUGCUAGGCCAGGCUGAGCCAGGACUGCCCACGCUGGCCUUCCGAGCACUGCAGAAGAUGCCCAAGAUGUUGCGGAAGCGGCUGGCCAACACCGUGGUGCUGGCCGGGGGUUCCACACUUUUCCCUGGUUUUGCUGAGCGCCUGGACCUAGAGCUGGAGGCGCAGUGCCGGCGGCACGGCUACCCGGCCCUACAGCCCCGCCUGGUGGCCAAGCCUGGGCGUGGCAUGGCUGUGUGGACUGGAGGCUCCAUGGUGGCCUCCUUGCACUCUUUCCAACGUGGCUGGAUGACCCGGGCCAUGUACCAGGAGUGUGGCUCCCGGCUGGUGCACGAAGUGUUCAACUGA